AGCAAGGCCAUUGUCUUCGCGGAAGCCCGCCUUUGUCGAUGGAUUGCCGCGGGAUAUGAAACGUAGGAAGCGGGGUAGGAGAGGGGGCGUUCGCCAAAGGUUAAAACGGAGAACUUUCAAUCCACCGCUCCCAUCUAUAAUUAUGUUCAACGCUCGUUCUAUUAGAGAAAAGCUUGAAGAACUGACGGUAAAUACCACAACUUUAAGGGAAUUCAGGGAUGCAUGUCUAAUAUGCGUUACUGAAACAUGGUUCCGGUCGGAUGUCGACACUCAUAGUUUUAGCCAUAUUGAUGGUUUCACUUGCUUACGAGCGGACAGAACGCCCGAUGCGUGCAAAGAUGGUGGAGGAGGUGUAUGUAUCUACAUCAAUAACCGUUGGUGCUCAAACAUAAAAGUCUUCAGGCAAUACUGUACAAAGGAUAUAGAAUUGCUUACGGUCGCUCUUAGACCUUACUACCUACCCAGGGAAUUCCCAAAAAUAUUUGUUAUGGUGGUAUACAUCACUACAACAGCCCUUGUUGAAAAUUUAGCGGAUUAUUUACAAGAUCUAAUACGAGACAUGGAGAAUGACUCGCCGGACGCUGUUAAAAUUCUCACGGGUGAUUUUAACCAGUGCGAUCUGAAGAGUACCAUACCACUUUAUCAUCAGUAUGUUGACAAACCCACCAGAGGUAACAAUAUUCUAGAUAAAUGCUAUGGAAACUUACCUGCAGCAUACAAAUGUGUCAUUAAACCUAAAAUUGGCACAUCAGAUCACGAUGUCGUUCAUCUGUUACCACAAUAUGUUCAGAGAAUUAAAGCAAUCAAACCUACUAUUAAGUCAAUAAGAAUUUGGUCUCGAGAUAGCAUUGAAACAUUAAGAGGGUGUUUUGAAGUUACAAAUUGGGAUGUCUUCUUUGAAGGAUCUACGUUAAAUGGAGCAACGGAAGCAAUUUCACAUUAUAUUGAUUUUUGUGUCGAGUCUGUUGUUCAAGAAAAGCAAAUCAAAGUAUAUCCGAACAACAAACCGUGGCUCAAUGGAAGUAUUAAGAAAUUAUUCCAAAGAAAGUAUAAAUGCACUGAUGAAAUGAACAGAAAAGAAAUACAAAAAGAGAUAAAACAUGAGGUUUCACGCUGCAAGAGAAAGUAUGGACAAAAGGUAGAAGAAAAGUUCAAGUCUGGAAAUACCAAGCAAGUGUGGAAGUGUAUGCAAAUGAUGACAGGUUAUGACCAGAAAUGUGGCCGCUGGUCGUUAUUAUAUCUGAUUGUGUUGUACAGCCCACCACGUGAUGUCGUCGCUGAGAGUUUGAAAUCAGCGACGGCAGAAACAGUGGACUACGUGCACUGGCUUGACGGUGAUUGCAUUCUACAUCACAUUGCACUCGGCUACGCACAGGAAAUGAGAAAAUCUCUGAUGAUUUCUGCACGCAAUGUCAAUUUGCAAGACAAGGUGUGGCAAGAGACUCCACUUCACAAGCUGUUAAAAACCAAACAUAUCAGAGAUCACCUUGACAUUGCAAGACUUCUUUUGGAUGCCGGGGCUGAUGUAAAUAUAGAGAAUAAGGACAAUCAGACGCCACGUGACCUCUAUAUACAGAAUGAAUGUGAGGAGUAUGAUUCUACAAAUAGAGAAAAACACAAGGAAGAAGUCUUGCAACUUCUGCAAGUCAAGCUUAUUGUACAUCACAGAUGUUUACUCGUUCAUUUAUUUGUCACAAAAAAGAAACAGCAAGGAACAGCACAAACAAAGAUGAGACAGGACACACCAAAAGUGAACUUUUAA